AUGACGUGUAUUAUCGGGUCCUUGCAACUUCCGGGUCGGAGUAAACAGUGUGCAGUGCAGUCAUACAAAUCUGAAAAAUGUCGAAAGUAACGUUUAAAAUCACUCUGACUUCGGACCCUCGGUUACCUUAUAAAGUAUUAAGUGUACCUGAGAGCACACCGUUCACAGCAGUUUUGAAGUUUGCAGCGGAAGAGUUUAAAGUGCCAGCAGCCACCAGUGCCAUCAUUACAAACGAUGGCAUCGGAAUCAACCCCGCGCAGACAGCAGGAAAUGUGUUCCUGAAACAUGGCUCAGAGCUUCGCAUCAUUCCCAGAGAUCGAGUCGGAGGAAGCCACUGUCCUAGGAUGUGACUGGCCAGUGAUUAUCUGUCACAGAUGAUGAACAUACUUGUGUAUUUAUUGUCCGGCCUUGAGAUGUCAAUUCUCAGCUGCUCUAACAGACACCACUCCGGUUACAAAUCUGUCAAGAGUGCCUCACAGAUCUUACAGUGCCGCCAUCACAGUCCCCUCUCGUAGAUCUUUGUUUGCAGAUGUUAAUAAUAUAGAAAAGUUUUUUUUUGUGCCCCAGAUUUUAGAACGACUAUAUACAACUCUGGUCUUUCACCAAAUUUUCCAGAUUUUCUAGUGAUGUUUCAGACUGUUUAGUUGAUUAUGGAUAUUGUUUUCAUAGCACACAAAAUCAGAAUUUGUACAGUAUUUAAUGUGAGUCGAGGCAAAUUGACAGAAAAAAAAUCAUGAAUUCUUAUUUUUUGUUUUUAUCGUUCCUAUUGAAGAUAUACUGUACAAAAGCGAUCUGUUAUUCAUCCCUCCAGAUACACAUAUUUUGAGCUAUGUAUUAUAUAGGUAUGAUUGUCAGAUUAUGAAAAUGUCAAUGUGAUGAAAUUCAUCACACUGUCAUUUUGUCGGUCACUAAAUAUAUAGAAGUAUGGGUAAAAUAAAGCUCUAAAUAGAAUACAAAACAAACUUUUCACAAUAUACUUACUAUGUGAAAACAAUGUUUAAUAAAUUAACAUUAUCUUCCCAUGCAUAUUAAAAAAUUGCAAUGUUGCAUACAUCAA